AUGAUGACUGCUACAAGAGUAAAGAGCAAAUAUGAUGGUCCAGAGGAAUCAGGGUCUUUGUUUGACGGCGAGGAUAGUGAAGGCUCUGAUCCAGAGGAGCGAAGGUCAGAGCCACCUAUUCAGGCUGCAAAGUUUGCAUCGGAGGGUGGGAUCAUACUGAGGCAACACAUUCCAAUAUUUCCGCACUGGAAGGAGUACAAGAAGCAAGAGAACGAGGGUAAAAUUACAGACUACAUUGGGAAGCUUGAUGGUCAAUUCACCAUGGAUGUUGAGAGUAAUGCAGUAAAAGAUGCAUGUGUUGAUAUGUUAAAGGGUGGACAGCGCCAAAUGAGGUAUAGGCUGAAAAAAAAGUACUUCACUGGAGUUCCUGCAAAUCAAGUGAGGACUACAUCACCUGUUUCAUGUAUGACUGAUGAUCAAUGGAGAGAGUUGGUACAAAUGUGGUCUAGCCAAAACCACAAGAAUAAUUGUGUGAAGAACAAACUUAAUCGUGAGAAGGUGCAAUUUCCACAGUGCACAGGAUUUCAAUCAUAUGUUGCAAAAGCUUAUGUAGUGAGACAAGAAAAAUAUAAAGAUGUCGAACCUAGUGCAAUUGAUCUUUUCAAGGAGAUGCAUUGCAGCAAGAAAAAAUGAUUUAGUGAAGUUGUUCAGAAAGCCAUAGUAAGUACAUGUUUUUCUCUUUGUUACUACAUUCCAAUUUGUAUUA